UGAUUUUGAUUUUCUAGCAUUCUUCUUAUCCCGAUGUGUUCGGUGCUCUCUCGCUUUCUCCAUAUAACUUGCUUUCGAUCACUGCGAAUUUGGUGCUCCCUCAGUCUAAGGUACAGCUCAUGUAUUUCUCCAAAAUGAGGAGAAAAAGACAAACCAAAGGCAAGCUAGAGGGCCUAUUGGUUGGGCUAAGGCCCGAAGACCGAGUCACCGUGUCUGUUCUCAAGGCGAUAAAACCCAACUUUGUCACACCAUUAAUAAGCGCAUAUUUAUAAAGGAAGGAUAUGAAGGAUAUAAUUUUAAUUAAUUAAAGAUAUUUAUUUAUUUAUUUACCUUGAAUCAAAAAAGAUUUAUGUAGUCGAUGAACAUUACGAGUUGUUGUCGUUCGAUAGAAAAUAAUUAUCGGAUCAUAUGGAGACGACAACAAUUGCUCGUAAUACACCAGUCAUGGAGGGGGUGCGUUUGUAAAUUAAGGUGUUUGCCCUCCUCGGUCGCACGCGGCCAUGCGUCUGCAUGCUGUCUUCGUGGUGGGGUGAAGGAUUCGUCAGGUGCCCACCGUGCCGCCGUACCCUAAUGUGAUGCAUCAAAACAUGUCGAUGGAACUCGUCCUCGGCUAGCGUACCUUUGCCCUCGGGUUUCCUCUCGGCCUCUCUGCCUCCCUCCUCCCUCCUUUGUAACCCAUGGAUACAUCUGCCUUGGUUUAUCUGAUGUUCCCUCUAAUCCUAACUGCAAUCGUGUUCCCCAACGCUUGUUGCGGAGGGCAUAUCUCCGGAGAAUUCUUUCCGUCGCCGACCUACUUUUGCUGCUCGCAUCGCCGCUCUGAUGGCACCUCGGCUUCCGAAGCCCAACCUCCGCAGCUCAAGGUUAUCUCUGGCCUCACUAACGCAGCCGGCGAUGAUCAUAGUGGCGGUUACACUGGUCAGACCCCUUCGGCACUGCAGUACUUAUGCUGCCACAAGCUGCGAGGCAUUAAUUGCUGCCUCAGCACUGAGGUUGGAGAAGUCCAAUCUCAGCUUAUGGUCGCUUCUGGGAUUGCCGACACCAAUAUCAGUCAUCCCUACUUGGCAAGGUCACCAGGAGGAGAUCUCAAUUUUGCAGCCACGAGUUCACUCCAAAAGGAAGACAUGUCUCGAAUGGCAAGGUUACCAAGAAGCGCUCUCGAAUUUGCAACCAGAAGUUUGGUCGAAGGAAAAGCGGAUGAAUGUGCUGAUUGCCGAGAUGGUACAAUAGACAAUGAAUCGGAUGUCAAGACACCACCAGCUGACAACCAUUCAAAGGACUCACCGAGCUCUGGCGGAGAAGGGAGUCCACCGGCAGCAUCUCCCGAAGGUGCAUCUGGACCUGCAGCUCCGUAAAUUGCAAUCUCUCUCAGUGAACAUACAAUUACUUAUAGCUAGUGUAUUGAAAUAUAAUGAUAUAUUUGGAGAUAUUCAAUAUCUCCCACUUUUAUAGGACAUUCAUACACUCCUGAAGUGAAUUUUUAGACACUUGGAAAGCUUUCCUUUUAAGGAGAAAUGUAGCCAAGGGUUUAAAUAUGAUAUAGAGGUCAGAUAUUAGAGGGCAAAAAUGUUUGUCUGCAAUGCAUUCUUCUCUCACAGGUUUGAGAUGAUGGCAUAUGUACCGCCCUACGGUGACAUGAAGGCAUGGAUUGGCUUAGAGAGAGCAUCUUAAGAUUUUCUAAUAAAAUCACAUAUAUCUUCAUGCAAAGUCGGUCUUUUUUUCUGUUAAUUCUUUAUAUUUAAAUUAUACACCUUAAAUCCAAAAAAUUAUAUACUAAUCUUAAAUCCAAAAAAUUCGCUUUCUUAUACGACCAAUUCCAGGUGACAGCUUCAAUAGAAGAUGUUGGCCGUUUGGUCACGUGACCACUUGUAUAGCUACCAAGAAACCCUCGUGCUCGGUUACCGUUGGUGGAAUUUAAAUUUCAAAUACUGCCACCGCGUCCUUCUCCCAAUUAAAGAACUCAAGAAGAACAGCGCCCCUCUAGAGAAGAAGAAGAAGAAGAAGAAGAAGAGGAAAGAGCGAGGACACCGAUGAAGGCUCUGGUGACGCUAACCCCGGAAACAGCAUCGUCGAGGAUCCGGCCGGCGGUCUCCGCUGCUCGAGACCGCUCGGAGAGACGCGGCAGCGACAGCAGCUACUUCCCCGGCUGCCGCAAGGACACCAACUGCCACUGCGACAUCUGUCUCGCCAGCAUCGACGCCACCCGCGACCUCAUCCCUUCCGGAGGCUCAAUCCUGACGUCCGUCACGAAGCUCUCCGUCUCCAGGCCAACGCCGUCACCGUUCGUUGCCGGGAGCCCUCCGACGUCGCCGGAGACAGGAUCCACUGUUACCCCUCCUUCGACGCCGGUUAUCGAGUCUUGGACAAGAUCUAGGCCGGCAGCGAAGGCGGUCGCCGAGAAGGAGGAAUCUUGGGGCCUCAGCUGCCGGGCGGUCAGGAUUCUUGUUGGCUUGUUCUUGCUGUGGGCGGCCGACAUGGGUUUAUCAGCGGUAAUUAUGAAAGAUUUCGGCUCUAAGCUCACGCCGGAGGUGGUAUCUCGGGCUGGGGAGGAAUGCCGAGUACUCAGAAAUGAUUUGAAGGGGACAUUGCAGCUUUUGCAGCAGAGGAUGGAGAAAUUGGUAGGAGGAAGAGCUUCUAAUUGCAGUUCUGUUGAUUCUUUCUGGGAAAUGAAUCCGGGUGGCAAUUUCUUCUUCCAAUGGAGAUGUGUGGUGUACAAAUCAAUAGCAGAGGAAGUGAAUGUUUGGGGAAGCCCACUACGGACCGCAGGUCUGCUUUCAGCUGGAGCUUCUCCUCGAUCACUGACGCUUUUAUCGGGCAACAUAAUUGAGUGGUCCGAUGGGAAGCUGGUAUCCACCACAAGAACAAGCUACAACAGCUCAUGGAUUUAUGAGAAGUGGAGGUCAUCGGCAGUACGUCUGGAUGCAAACACCUGGGUCUUGGAGUACCAGAGGAAUCCUUUGCUUCAGAGACCAAGAUUGAUUCCAAUAGCAUGGGAGGUGCUGAGAGCGACAAUCGUGAAGAACACGAAGCAGCUCUGGAAGCAGUCAUUCUGGCGACCAGAGGAACAGUUGACGCCCCCAACCUAAGAAAAUCCCGGUUUGAUGCCAACAUAUCUUUGUUUGUUCUUAUACUUGUCUCAUCUGUAGUAUUGUCAUCUUGAUUCUGGAUUUGUUAGCAUGUCGCGCUGACAAUAGCCUGAAGCUUCAAAAUGUAUGAGUAUGAGAAAGAACGUAUUCAUUUACAACCCAUGGAAAUCACCAAAUUCAACGAGUGUCAACUCAGUAUUU